CCCAGACGGCGACGCGUCGAAUUACCACCAGAAAGCACGCCGAUGCCAAGUAGACAACGGUCAUUGGCUCAGUUGCUGAGGAUGCAUGCAGAGAAGGGUUCAGGGGAAGAAUUGAUGAACAUUACGCCCGAAGAGGAGAGGAGGUUGAAGGAGGCAUUGGAUCAAUGGGUAAAUUCGUCGGAUGACGACGCGAGUUUUAGCAGGGAUGACCGUUCUGGUUCGUCCGAAGAUGAGGACGCGUCUGGGGUCGGUGUGCCAGUCCGGCAGACGAGCUCCCGCAGUGACCACAUCAACGGGGACUGCACAACUAUGAAUGUCGAUGCGGAUAGUCCUGCUUCCAGUGGUGGGGAGCUCCGGACUCCGGUUGCAUGAUUCGCCAUUUUGGCUGGUACAUUUUUCGCAGGCAAUGCUCAGCCUAUUCCUGCAAUUUACGUUUCCACCCUCACUCGUUUUCCACCCAUCCUUCCUUUCUCAUCCCGGGGUGACAUCCUCUGAUCUACCAUUAAGCUAUUCUAUUCUAACUCUUCUCACGACCUCUUACGACAUCCACGAACUAUGAAUAUUGUAUAUCCUUUCAUAUGCUCCAAAACACCGACUUUCGGGGAUUUAACGUUGGUUAUCUAACCUAUACUGCCUUUCAAAGACACCGACCGUAUCAGAAACGCCUGUGGUUUGUGAUAUUGUGUGCUAUCUUCUGGGUGCUGCGGAAUCAUUAUCAUCACACUUUCUCGUCGUUGUUGAUCCCGGUGGGCUGAGCGACUGUCUUGUAGUCACAUGCCUGUCUUGACGCUCCGAGCCACUAAAUGAUGGAUACAGAGGAGGAGUAUUCCUGGG